UGUGGUAUAAUUGGUGCCACAUACGUCUCGACUUAAAGAGGUCGUCGCACAUAAGUCACCGUCUCCCACCACAUUUGUCUAUUCUGUCACAAUGUCGGCACCGAAGCUAUCCAGCCGAACUUCGAGUUAUAGGAAGCCCGUCCCAAAAUUCAUUCCCUCGCCCCCGGCUUCUCCCCAUGGUUCGCCGACGAGCUCCACGAGACGGUUUUCUUUUUCACACACUUCUAUCAAUCAGGAUGCUCCUCCUCUACCCCCCGACUGGCGUAACGCAAUUGACCGGGCGGUAUCUAGAGAGGGAAGAGCGACGUCUGGCCUGCCUGCUAUUAUCACAGUCGUGGGCCCAUCGAGCCACGACGCUCAUGGGACCGAUGCUGGACCCUCCACAGAAAGGCUGUCACCCUCAACGCCUGAUUGGGGGACAUCAGGAACUAUGAACUUUACUCCUCCUACACCUACUGAGAGCUACCACGACGAGGAACUCGUGUCUCGUCCAAAUUCGCCCACGCCUUGGGAACACCUAAUGCGAUCCACGGCACGGCAGCCGUCUUAUCAAGAGGAAUUUCGCCCCCCGACGCCCCCAAUCCCCAACCAACGCAAGAGGCCCAGAUCAGCUGGAUCUGGAUGUGACUCGCCAACGCCUACUAUCAUAUCACAACUAGCACCCCACUCCACACUUCCCUUGGCUUCUCGUGAACAAGACCAUGACGCGGCUCCGUUGAUCUCGAUUGAGAAGCCAGGACCUCCGCCUGUACCUCCCAAGCCAUCGCUGCCGACACCUCCUGCAAGUGUGCUGGCUCACUAUGAUGUCUCCUCUCCUUCUAAUCAUGCUGGGCAUGAUAAGUAUUCUCAACCUCCCACGUACUCUCCUGGUCACGAUAGGCGUCCCUCUACUCUCAACUCGACUCUUAAUUUCACUCUUAAUUCUGAGAAAUGGACCGAGGGUACUGCUACUCCCUCUGCUCAAGGCCUGAUCAAUAAAGAGAUUACUCGGGACGCCUCUGAGUUCCCUGCUGCCCUCCUUGAUCGAGAUGCCGCUGGUCGGGCAAGGCGCAGCUGGUGGCAGUCGGUCGCAAGUGGCUUCAAGCGUUUCAUAUCUGGUCUAUGUUGUUUGUAAUGUAGUGGAAACUUGGUCUUCUUUGUGCAUUUGCUAUGUUUAUUGGGACUCUGAUGGACAAUGAAACUAUUUUACUGUAACUUUACUGUACUUCGCAUUUGUGCAUUCUUACACUACCAUUUCUUUGUAAAGACUAUGCAGCACAUUUUUCACGACUGAUUUGCAACAGUUGUUUC